UCCAAAGGUAAAACUUCUUCCCUGAUUCAUCAAGGGUUUUCUGAGCUUUCUCCGUUUACCAGCGCUUGAAGAAGAAUGCGUGAAUCAGAUAUGGAGAUGGAUAAGAAGAAGAAGAAGAAGAAGAAGAAGAAGAAGAAGAAGAAAUCUGUGAAAGAUGAGAAGGUUGAUACUGAGAAAGAUGAAAAGAAGCAGCAGCCGAAGAAGAAGUCUGAAAAUGAAAGUUCAGUGGGCCGUGUCAAGAAAUCUAAAGUGAAGAAAGAAGAACCUGUCUGCUCAGAAGAAGACGAAAAACCAGCCAUUAAAACUACUUCAAAGAAGGCUGUAAUGGUUCCAACAAAAACGGCAAAGCAAAAGGUGUUGAAAGUGGAGGAGAAGACUCAAAAGAGUGUGGUUGUUAAGACUAGGAAAGUGUAUGAUUUGCCUGGACAAAAGCGUGACCCUCCUGAAGAAAGAGAUCCAUUAAGGAUUUUCUAUGAAACUUUGUACAAGCAGUUGCCUAAUAGUGAAAUGGCUGCCUUCUGGAUGCUGGAGUCUGGUUUGCUACCUAGAGAAGAGGCAGCCAAAGUGUUUCAGAAGAAACAAAAGAAAAAAGUACUCAACUCUCCUAUCAAGGCUAUCACCACCACUUCUGUCAAGGAAACGACAAAGUCUGCUACUGUUAAGAGAGUCAAAUCUUCUCCUGCUGCUUCUUCCGCGAAGAAGAGCAAAGAUUCAGGAUCAAAGCCCGUAGUAGCAGCAAAGAACUCAAAGAAACGAAAGGAGGAGGACAGUGCUUCAGAAAACGAAUCUGACGAUGAAUUCGUUUUGUCUAAGAGCAAAGAUUCCGGAAAGAAAUCCGUAUCAGCAGAAAAGAACUCAAAGAAACAUAAGAAGGAAGAUAGUGAUUCGGAACACGAAUCUGACGAUGAAUUCGUUUUGUCUAAGAGCAAAGAUUCCGGAAAGAAAUCCGUAGCAGCAGCAAAGAACUCAAAGAAAAGUAAGAAAGAAGAUAGUGAUUCGGCAAAGGAUCCUGACGAAGAAUUCGUUUUGUCUAAGCUGAAGCGGAAGGAACUUAAAGCUUGAGGCAGUAUGUUAACUCUGAUCCCUAACUGCAAGUGACCUUAUUUUGUCUGGCGUACUUCCUCACUAGUAUAGUAACUAUUAGUAGUCACUUGGACUAUGAUAAGUCUGGUUUUAGUAAAUAGCACACUAGAUCUUUGACUCACAGUUAUCAUCUAAUGAACGUGCCCCUUUCUUAACUCGUAAUGCUAUAAUAGCAGAGAACACACAGAGGUUUGGUGUCUAUAUCUGUGAUCUGUAUGUAUUUUCUGUUUGUAUCAGGCCAUCAGAAUCAAAAGACUACUUUUGCCCUUUUUAGUAGUCUUAUGUACAACAGCAUGUGUAUUCUAAUUUGCAGGAUCUGUUUGAAAUGCAUAUACAAGUACAAUGGUACUAAUGCUAUCA